GGGUCAGAGAUACACGUUAUGUUGUGGCAAUUCCAUGUGCCCACAUGCCCCCGCUGCUCCUAUUACUACUAUUUUCUUCCUCUUCUUUUCCCCCUUCCAUUUUUCUUUCUUUUUUCCUUCCUCCACAAAUCCAAAAUGUUCUCUUUGUCUCUUUUCUCCUAAUUAAUUAAUUUCUCCCUCCAAAACUAGUAACCAUUAAAUACCCAUAACACUCAAAAUCAUUACACCUACUAUCAUUAUCAUAUAAUAUAAUAUAAUAUAUAUUGAGCUGCGGGAAGGCUUGGUUCUGUACAGAAAACGAAAAUGGAGAAAGGGAGCGAUGGCUUUGUGAGGGCUGAUCAAAUCGAUUUAAAGAGUUUAGAUGAGCAACUCGAAAGGCACCUUAACAGAGCAUGGACUAUGGAGAAGAGCGCCAAUAAUUUGAAGAAGCCGUUGGAUGAUUCGUGUAUUAACUAUUCUACCGCUACGGCGGCGGCUGCUACCGCUACCGCUACGACGGCGGCGGCGGCGGCGUUAUCUCUUUCUUCUUCUGUUAAACCUAGGCAAAGACAUGACUGGGAAAUUGACCCUUCGAAACUUAUCAUCAAAAGCGUCAUUGCUCGUGGUACUUUUGGUACCGUCCAUCGCGGCGUUUAUGACGGCCAAGAUGUCGCCGUGAAGCUACUGGAUUGGGGGGAAGAGGGCCACAGAACAGACACUGAAAUAGCAUCGCUAAGGGGAGCUUUUACGCAAGAAGUUUCAGUGUGGCAUAAGCUUGACCAUCCUAAUGUUACUAAGUUCAUCGGGGCAACUAUGGGCUCUUCUGGGCUCAAUAUACAAACAGAAAAUGGUCAUAUUGGCAUGCCUAGUAACAUAUGCUGUGUUGUUGUUGAAUACCUCCCUGGUGGUGCAUUAAAGUCUUACCUUAUAAAGAACAGAAGAAAGAAGCUAGCAUUCAAAGUUGUUGUGCAGAUGGCACUUGAUAUGGCCAGAGGGUUAAGUUACCUUCACUCUCAAAAGAUUGUGCAUAGAGAUGUCAAGACGGAGAAUAUGCUAUUGGAUAAGACACGUACAGUAAAAAUUGCUGAUUUUGGGGUUGCUCGCGUUGAGGCUUCUAAUCCAAAUGAUAUGACUGGGGAGACCGGAACCCUUGGAUAUAUGGCUCCUGAGGUUCUCAAUGGCAAUCCAUACAAUAGAAAAUGUGAUGUGUACAGUUUUGGCAUAUGUGUGUGGGAGAUAUAUUGUUGUGACAUGCCAUAUCCCGACCUCAGCUUCUCAGAAGUAACUUCAGCUGUGGUUCGCCAGAAUCUAAGGCCAGAAAUACCAAGAUGUUGCCCUAGUUCCCUUGCUAAUGUAAUGAGGAGAUGCUGGGAUGCCAACCCUGACAAACGGCCUGAGAUGGACGAGGUAGUAUCCAUGAUAGAGGCUAUUGAUACAUCGAAAGGGGGAGGAAUGAUUCCCGUUGAUCAACAACAGGGUUGUUUAUGUUUCCGAAAGCGUCGUGGACCUUGAAGCUUAUAGCUCUCAAGCAAACAUUCAAAAGUAGUAGGUAUAUUCCAUCUCAAUUUCCAAAUAUUUGACAAAGGAAGUGAACUUGCAGAGCCAGAGUAUUCGAACAAUUCUAUUGAGAAGCUAUGCUGCAUGCAGCAUUUUUCUCUUGGUUUAAUGUAAAGCUUACACAUUUCUGUUUUCUUUUUUCAUUUUUUUCUUAUAAUACAUGUCCCCAAUCUUUCUUUUCUAUUUCUGGGAACUUUUAAAAUAUGCUAUCAAUUUGACUUCUGUUGGUUGGGUGAUGGAAUUGACACUGCCUCUUUACAUGUAUUGAUAUUUGUAUUUUCAUUC